GAGAAGCCCGACGGUGUGGAGAACGAGGCAGUGGAACAGGUGGCCUUCGCCGACCGCAUCAUCAUCAACAAGACCGACCUCGUUGCUUCGGAGGCAGAUAUUGAGGUGCUGACCGAGGAGAUCAGGAGCAUCAACCGCCUGGCACCCAUCAUCCACACCCAGCC